AGUCGCUGGACUUCAGCAUGAUUCUGUCUCAGUUGCUGAACUAUGUGGCCGUUUUGUUUUUCUGUGUCUCCAGAGCCAGCUCCCUGGAUACCUUUAUUGCAGCUGUUUAUGAGCACGCAGUCAUAUUGCCUAAUGCCACCCUUGUGCCAGUGUCUCCUGAAGAGGCCUUGGCAGUAAUGAACCGGAAUUUGGAUCUUCUGGAGGGAGCAGUGACGUCAGCAUCGAAGCAGGGUGCACAUAUCAUUGUGACCCCAGAAGAUGGCAUUUAUGGUUUUAACUUCACCAGGGAAUCUAUCUACCCAUACUUGGAGGAUAUCCCAGACCCUCAAGUGAACUGGAUCCCUUGUAAUAAUCCUGACAGAUUUGGUCGCACCCCAGUGCAACAAAGACUCAGCUGUCUGGCCAAGGACAACUCCAUCUACAUUGUGGCAAAUAUCGGGGACAAGAAGUCAUGCAAUGCCAGUGACCCUCAGUGUCCCCCUGACGGUCGUUACCAAUACAAUACUGAUGUGGUGUUUGAUUCUAAGGGAAAACUGGUGGCACGCUACCACAAGCAAAACCUUUUCUUGAAUGAAGAUCAAUUCAAUGCCCCCAAGGAACCCGAGGUCGUGACUUUCAACACCACCUUUGGAAAGUUUGGCAUUUUCACGUGCUUUGAUAUUCUCUUCCAUGAUCCUGCUGUGACUCUGGUGAGAGAUUCCCGUGUGGACACCAUACUCUUCCCAACAGCUUGGAUGAAUGUUUUGCCACAUUUGUCAGCUAUUGAAUUCCACUCAGCUUGGGCUAUGGGCAUGAAAGUCAACUUCCUAGCAUCCAAUCUACAUUACCCCUUGAAGAAAAUGACAGGGAGUGGCAUCUAUGCACCUGAUUCUCCACGAGUAUUUCAUUAUGAUAUGAAGACAGAGGAGGGAAAACUUCUCCUUGCACAACUGGACUCCCACCCACACCCCACGCCAGUGGUGAAUUGGACUUCCUAUGCCAGUGGUGUAGAAGCCCACUCAAUGGGAAACCAGGAAUUUACAGGCACCGUCUUUUUUGAUGAAUUCACCUUCUUGGAGCUCAAAGAAAUUGGAGGAAAUUACACAGUUUGUCAGAGAGAUCUCUGCUGUCAUCUAAGUUACAAGAUGUCUGAGAAAAGAUCAGAUGAAGUUUACGCCCUGGGAGCAUUUGAUGGACUACAUACUGUUGAAGGAAGCUAUUAUUUACAGAUUUGUACUCUGCUGAAGUGUAAAACAACAGACUUACACACUUGUGGUGACUCAGUUGAGACUGCUUCCACCAGGUUUGAAAUGUUCUCCCUCAGUGGCACGUUCGGAACCCAGUAUGUCUUCCCAGAGGUGUUGCUGAGUGAAAUUCAGCUUGCACCUGGAGAAUUUCAGGUAUCAAGUGACGGACGCUUGUUCAGCCUGAAGCCAACAUCUGGACCUGUUUUGACAGUGACUCUCUUUGGAAGGUUAUAUGAGAAGGAUAAUGCACCAAAUGCUUUAUCAGACCUCACGACACAAGCGCUAAGGUAUUUGUGAUGCUCACUUGAUACCAACAGCUCAAUCCAAAGACAGAAGCAUGAAAAGUAAAUAAGGUCUAACGCGAAACAAUGCUGAAUGGGAAGGAGGAAAGAAAAAAGCAGAGGAGGAAAACCGUGAGGAUUCUCCAUAAUUUAAUAAAAAUAUGGCACUUUCCUUAAAAACUAAAAAUGAAGGCUCUUAAAAUGGAUGAUAAUGCAAAAGACACGUGUUCAUUCAUACAUUUGCACGCACACACACACAGAUAUACCCCAAUGACUAUACACAGAGGCCCUAGCACUUAUGAAGGGGCACCUAGUUGGACACAGGUGCAGAUUAAAAUGUGAGUCGGUGUUUUUUGUGCUUCUAGAAAAGUGCUUAUGGGAGAAAGGUUUGUUUGGGUAUGGUGAUCUCAAACAGGAAACACUAUGCAUCUCUUCAAAAGCCAACAAUCAAAAAUGCUAUCCUACAGGAAAAUGAGCCUGCUUACACUUGGAGGUCUGAGUUCUCCUGCUCCACAGUCUCAUGUUCCUUCAGCCUCCAGGCAUGGCAGGAGCACUUGGCUGCUGUAUGUACUUUCUACUCAUAGUUCACAACUUGGUAAAUUUCAACGGCCUGGGUUAAAGACUUUGUGAGCUUUCCUAAUGAUGGACUAUGGUUUUGGCUUAAUCUUAGAAAACUUAGAUUUCCUACAGUCAAACAUUUCCUGGGCAUGGAUGCUGGAGAAAGCAAGGGCUCCUUAACCUGAUUCAUACCCCAUGGGGACAUGAAUGGUGUUAGGGCCAAUGGGACUCUGUGUCUGGUGGUGUGCUGACAACAGUUGACCUGGACUGAUGGGAUUCUUCAUGCAGGUUUGAGACAGGAUGCUGGGUGAAUAGACCCAGAUGCCAGACCAAGAUCUGGGCCAGUUAAGCAGCUAGCUAUAGCUCUGGAUAUGAAAGCUAUGAUCAUGAAGACACAUAUUAACUGCUGUAGAACACUGACUGGAGGAGCCAACAGACUGUCACUCUCUUCAUCCAACUCUGUGUCUUUUUCUUUAUUCCUUACUAAAUGCACCUUUGUGAUGAUGGGAGACCUACUUCAAUGGCUUAUUUAAUAGAGACUUAAUGAAGCCAGUGGAGUUGGGAGAGAGUGAUUACUCUGGGCUUAAGGUAGGGACAUUUUCUUCAUCUCAAUUCAUUUUUUUUUCAUAAAAAAAUCCCCCAAACUGUCAAAAUGUUGCCAUAGUAUUUUCUUUUUUCCUUUACUAAAAGUAUUCACUUUCAAGUUGGUGGAGAAGAUACUGAAGGGAAAAAGUUCCUUAGAUCUAGGAAUAUAUCUGUAUAAAAUUAAAAGAAAUAAAAACAGAAACAAAACAGAACUUCUAGAU